AUGCAGCAAUCGGAUGCAGUUGCAGUUAUGAGUUGUCUGCCGCUUUCGCCUGCUGUAUUUUCCCUCCGUCCAUCGGGAUUUGAAAACUAAUGUCCAUUGUUGAAUCCUCCCCCUGACGAUGAUGCGGCAUCAUUUGGCCCAUAUUGCGACAUUAACACAGAAAAAAAAAAUGGCCUUUGUGUGUCUUCUGCUCAUUGGAGCGGCCAGUGUGAUGGCUAACCCUAAGCCCGGCGGAGGAAGUGGCUGGUCCUCUGGAGGAGGUGGAGGCAGUUGGUCAUCGGGAGGUGGUGGCGGUGGUGGCCAUGGCGGCGGAGGAGACGUACAAAUUAUUAAAGUUAUCACCGAGAGUGGGUCUUCUGGAGGCGGCGGGGGAGGAGGUGGAUGGUCCUCUGGUGGCGGCGGAGGAGGAGGUGGAUGGUCUUCUGGAGGCGGCGGAGGAGGUGGGUGGUCUUCUGGUGGCGGCGGAGGAGGAGGUGGAUGGUCUUCUGGAGGCGGCGGAAGCGGCAGCGAUGUUAAACUCAUCAAAAUCAUUAGUCUCGGAGGUGGUGGAGGAGGACAUGGUGGUGGAGGAGGACAUGGUGGUGGAGGAGGACACGGUGGUGGUGGAGGAGGCUGGUCUUCAGGAGGAGGAGGUGGCGGUUGGUCAUCAGGUGGAGGUGGUGGCCACGGAAGUAGCGGAGGUGGCGGCACCAAGGUCAUCAAAAUCAUCAAACUGAGCUCUGGAGGCCAUGGAGGUGCCGGCAGCGGUGGCGGCCACGGAGGCGGCGGUGGUGGCGGUUGGCAGCCCGCUGGAGGUUGGGCAUAAUCCUAGUCCAAUCCUAGAAAGCCAUCAAAUUAAUCUUCAACCACUUUUGUAAAUACUGUAUAUAUGUAUCCAAGAUAAUUUUUUUUAGUAUUGUUACAUAAAUUAUAUAGCAAAUGGCACUUGCUUGUAACAACCAAUUUGUUAAAUUCCUGUUCGUCUGGUAAUUUAAAACGAACUAUGAUUAAAUUUGUAUGGCACAAAAUCGCCUAAAUAUAGUCUUGAAUAAGUCUUGGGAUUGUA